UCUUCUUCCUCCUUUCUUUUAGACUUAGCUCAAAUACCCCAUGAAUGGGAGCUUGUACAAUGUAAUGGUGAGGAGAGUCCUAAUGAGAAUUGAGAGGGCUUGGACAUUAGCCUAAAAAGUCCCGUGGUUUUCUCCCUUUCGGGUUUCCACGUAAAAACUGAGUGUUCAUACAUAUAUUUACUAUAUCGUGUUGGAUUAAACUCAACACUGGCGCCGUCUGUGGGAAUCUGUCCAAAAAGAUUCAUGUGUUCUACUGUUCUUGAGUUUUCUACAAAAAAUUCAUACGAAAAGCUACUGACUUCAGCUUGAUUUUCCACAAAAGAGAUACAGAAACUGGACUGAUUUUCGACAAGGGAAGAAAGAGGGAAAAGAUUCUGAAAGUAAGAAGCAAAACAAGGAAAAAAAGAAAAGGUAAUUUCGAAAAUAUGGGUUUCGUAGCAAGGCUGAGAGGAGGAUGAAUAAUCCGGAAUUUUUGGGAUAUUGAGGUUUACUGAUCUGGAAGGGGGUCGCCAGGGCUGCCGGAGCCGCCGGGAAAAGCCGUCACUUUCCCCUAUUGCGUCGUGCUCCGCAGAAACUCACCCUCCUGUUUCCAGACCUCGCCGCACCGGAGCCGUGUCUGGGUGAUUCGGGCUGAGAAUUCGCCGCCGCUGCUCCGCCAUAGCCGCCAUCCCCGCCGCCAGUAGAUGUCCGGCACGUACUGUCGACCUUCCGUUGGCGGAUGAAUAUUGCAUCUGCCUUAGGGUACUCUGCAUCUACUUCCCUUGGUGCCCAGCGGUCCACGUCCUUGGAGACAAAGACAGUCAGAGGACGACCUGCACUGCCGGCCUUGGUGGGAUGUUCAUCUGCCUCCCCAAAGGAUGCUCUUUACUUGGAUGGAGGCUGACCACGUAGCCAAACUCUGGGAGUUAACAGUAAGGGCGAGUGGAGCACCGUGUUCUAUUGGGAAAAGUCAACCAUCUCACUUGAUUUGUGGGAACUGCUACGGAGUACUUCGUACAUUUCAAGCGAGCUACAGAGAGCUAAGUAUCACACAUACUUUCUCUUUUACUAAUUAAUUAGUGUAAAAUAUUAGUAUUGCUAGUAUUUUUAUCACCAUUAUUUAUUAGGGAAUAGAAUCUCCCGAAAUUAAAUAAUGUCGAGUAAUGCUCUAGUGAUAACUAGUUUCACCGUCAUUUAAAUUUAAUGACUGGUUGUUGUGGGCCCGUCGGCCCGCCCCUGAUCGGCUUUAAUUAGCGGGUGGAGCAUACCGGAAUGGCCUUUGAUAGGAUAACUUCAUUGCUAUUACCUGUUACACCAUUAUUAUUUAUUAGGGAUAAAAAUGUCCUGAAUUAAAUAAUGUGGAGCGAAGCUCUGGUGAUGGUUGGUUCAGCCAACAUUUUAUUGAAUAUUUAAUUUCUUGUGGGCCUGUUGGCCCACUCUCGAUCAGCGUGAUUAAGUGAUCCGAGCGUCUUCAGAAGGGCGAUGCCCCGACGACGCAUUUUAAUUUGAGGGUUGCGCGUUAGUCCGCACGGCACCAAGUGCUCGAGCGACGAUCGUACCCUAGUACCAUUUACGCCAUUAGGCGCGAAGUGACUGUGCCAAACGCGGCCUGUGGGGCCCGAAGGCACCAAAGCGCUCAACCUCCUUUUUCCGAGGGCAGUGCGACCAACUUGGGUCUGAGUUGAAAACACACAGACCGGUGAAUAUUUCUAUGUGACGUUCGGUGGGCUGCUAGUUGGCCCCGCCGCGAGCUGCUACGUCCAUUAUCCCCGCACGAUGAGCCGGGCCGAGGGUCACGGUAACCCAUAGGCCGGUAAUCGUGGGUGUUAGAAAGAGAGCCAUGCAGAUGGUUAUGUGUGUCUACAUAUUGUCGGGCCGUGCGAUCCGUUACCAUGCUUAUUGCGCAGCUGAAGCCGCUCGACACGCUCGAGCGAAAUGAUUAAAAGACGAUCGGCCUAAGUCUCAAAGACGUUCAGGGCCAGUUAAAGUGGAGACCAUCACGGCUGAGAGCCGAUGGACGAGCAUCUCCACCCAGAGGCCGAGGGCCUAGAGGAGACCAUCACGGCCUAGGAGACCGAUGGCCUAGGAGAGAACACCUAGAGGCCGAGGGUCUAGAGUGGACUACCACGGCGGAGGACCGUGAGACGAUCAUCCAUCAUUCAGAGGCCGAGGGCCUAGAGGAGACCAUCACGGCCGAGGGCCGUGAGACCAUCCUUACAUCAGGUCGGCCUCCCAUUGCCGACACUAUGAUAUCACGACCGGCCUCUCGGCACGGCGUGUGUUGCAUACUUGAAGACCGGCCUCAUCCCCGCUUGACAUUCAUGUAAUUUCCAUGUGUAAAUUUGUGUUUUUAAUUAGUUUAGAGUGAAUGUUACUUCGGAAAUUACACACUUUUGGUGUAAUAGUUUAGUUUGUAAAAUAUUUGUAAUAUGUUUAGAUUAGGUUUAUUCUGAGCUCAAACAGGUCCAAGAACACUUUGGGGACCAUUGGUGAACACCACAAGUGGAAGGAAAGUGCAAAAAUGCAAGACAAAAAGUGGAGAUUUCGUUUUUGGUCUGUACCCGGUCGGGUAUGACCUAUACCCGAUCGGGUACCCUUCUAAAAAAUCAAAUCGGAUCAACCCGGGAACCGAGCAACAUGCGGGAAAGAUUUUGGCCAUGUUCGAUUGUCAUACCCGAUCGGGUGACCGACAGACCCGAUCGGGUAUGACCCUAUUUUUCAGUUUCUGGGCAAUUUCCUAAGAUACCCGAUCGGGUAUCCUAUAUACCCGAUCGGGUACACAGCCCUGCAGCUCCCAAAAGCCUAUAAAUACACCCCAUUUCCUUCCCAUAAAAGCACCAAUUCACAUAUACUUCUUAGCUCAGUUUAGACAAGUUCUUUCUUUAUAUUUUUCAUCAUGUUUAGUCUCCAAAUGAGGAGCUAAACUCUUCCAUCUUGGUUUUGCUACUUUGAAGCUUAAUGAAUUUGUAAGUUGUGAGUUAUUAUCUUUAAUCUUCUUCCUUGAAUAUUAAUUCUUUCUUUAAAUACUAUUUCUAUAUCAAUGUUGGGGAGUGUUACUAAGAUGACAAUUAGUUAACAUCUUGACAUUAGUUAUAGUAAUAGUUAUUUCUUCCUCUACGUUAAUAUCGGGGAGUGUUACUAAGAUGACAAUUAGUUAACAUCUUGAUAUUAACUAUAGUAGGAUUCAUCUUCUUUAAUAUUCUUCCUUGAGUAUUAAUUAAUUCCUAUUCAUAUUUCAUAUUAAUAUUUUGAACAUUACUUAAAGGAUCAACUAGUUUUGUUUCAUAUAUUAAUUAUUACUAGAAUCGGUCGAUUAAUACGCUUGUUAUUAAUUCGGUCCUUUCGCGGUAGUAAACUUGGGUUAUUAAUGCAUGCGUUUCAUGGUUAAUAAACCAAGGGGAAUUAAUUAUAUUGAUUAAACCAAUAAACCGCUUGUGUUGAGGUUAUCAAUCUCAACCGUUUUCAUCUUGAUUUUAUUGCUACUAUCGAGUGAAUAUACGGCGCGUGUUCUAUAUUAACUCGGUAGUAAGUUUUAUUAAUGAACGCGUCUCGUUAUUAAUAACUACCCUCGAUGAAUUGGAUAUACUCCUCGAUUGAGUAUUCGAGAGGAAGAUAAUUAAAGAUAUAACCGGGAUCGACGAACAUUUCAUUAAGUGGAUAAAAGCAAAGCCAAGUCUUCUUCUCAUUAAUUAAACCACAUAACUCGUUCAUCUUCAUAUUUAAAUAUAAUUUAAAGUUCAUCAACCAAAUAUAAACCCCCCUUAUUGUUACUUAUUUAUUUCUGUAAGAAGAAAAGUAUUCCUUUCCUUGUGGAUACGAACCUUACUACACUAUACUACGUAUUAGUGUCGUAUUGUAUUUAUUUUGAGUGCACCUCACGACAAGUGCACGUCAAAUUUGGCGCCGUUGCCGGGGAAAGGCAAUUAUUUUUCUUUUUAUUUUGUUUCAAAAAAAAAUAUAAUUAAAUAAAAAGAGUUCUUGUUCUUCUAUUUCUGAGCUUUGUGAAGUAUAUGGUAAAAUAUCGUUCACUGAACGAAAUCACCUACCAAUCAAACCCCGAAAUAGAGCAAACUCUCGAGCGGUUGAAAAAUAAAUUCUCAAAUACCGACUCGGGAGAUUCAUCAAGUGCUAACUCUUAUUCUAGCGAGCCUGAAGAACCAACAACUAUGGCUCUCGAAACAAGAACGUUAAGGGAGCUCACAGCUCCGAACUUGAAUCAACAGCCGUUAUGUAUUACCUUCCCUACACUCAACGAGGGUAAUACAUUUGAGCUAAAAUCAGGACUCAUUCAUCUUUUGCCAUCCUUCCAUGGCUUAAGGGGGGAAGAUCCGAACAAACAUCUGUCAGAGUUCCACAUUGUAUGCACGAGCAUGUGCCCCAACGGAGUCACGGAGGAGCAAAUCAAGCUCAGAGCUUUUCCAUUCUCCUUGAAGGACACCGCAAAAGAUUGGCUUUUCUAUCUUCCUUCGGGAAGUAUAGACACAUGGGCGGCCAUGAAAAAAUGCUUCUUGGAAAGGUAUUAUCCCGCUUCCAUUUCAUCAUCUCUAAAGAAGCAAAUCAGCAACAUCGAACAAGGUGAUGAUGAAUCACUUUACGAAUAUUGGGAGCGCUUCAAAAAGCUUUGUGCCAGUUGCCCAUACCAUGGAUACACGGAACAAGACCUCAUCCUCUACUUCUAUGAUGGUCUUGCGGAACACGACAGGAGAAUGGUGAAUGCGGCAUGCGGAGGGGGCAUUGUUAACAAAACCCCUUCUCAAGCAAGAAAUCUCCUCUCGGAGUUGGCGGAGAACUCUAGGCAUUACAACGGAAGAUCCUCAACCCGUAAAAUUGCCGCGGCGGAAUCAUCUUCAUCUUUGGAGAGUCAAGUUGCCGGCUUGACUUCUUUAGUUAAGGAUUUUCUCUUAAAUCCUAGAACCCAAGAGGUCAAGGUCUGCGGCAUAUGCACACAACAGGGGCAUCCAACCGAUUCUUGCCCAAAUCUCCAAGAAGAGCAAAUCAAUGCCUUGGGUUUUCAAUCUCAUCAACAAAAGAGGUACGAUCCACACUCUAACACUUACAACCUCGGGUGGAGGGAUCACCCGAAUUUGAGAUAUGGGAACCCUCAAACACAACAUAAUCAGCCCUUUCAACAAUCCUUCCCAAAUCACCAAGGCCAAACCUCAAGCUCAAAUAUGUCCACCGAAGACAUGAUCCGAGCACUUGCUACAAAUAUUUCAACGAUGCAACAAAGUGUGGCUCAAUUCCAAGAAACAACGAAAUCUAGCAUCCAAAACUUGGAAAAUCAAAUGAGCCAGAUCUCAAUUGCGGUGAGCCGACUUGAGGCAAAAGACUCGGGUAAACUCCCAUCUCAAACGGAGCAAAACCCGAGACAACAUGUUAAUGCAAUCAUGUUGAGGGAUGAGCCAACAUUGAAAGAGGUGCAUGAGGAAGAAAAACAAUCUGAAAAUGGGGUUGAUCCUGGAGAAGAUUUUCAACCAAACGAGGGGGAACCAACGAAAACUAAAUCCCCUCCACUUUCAUCAUAUGAGCCACUUCCUCCAUUCCCCGAAGCACUGAAGGACACAAGAAAGCUGAAGAAUGAUCGGGACCUCUACGAGACCUUCGCCGAUUCUGAGGUAAACAUCCCACUCUUCAAAUUGAUCAAAAGUGUUCCCCGUUAUGCAAAGUUUUUAAAAGAACUAUGCACAAUAAAAAGGAAAGAUAAAUUGAAGGCAAAACAAGAGGUAAAGGUUAGUGAACGUGUCUCAGCAAUUUUCCAGAGGAAACUCCCGGAAAAAUGCAAUGACCCAGGCAUGUUCACUAUCCCAUGCAAAAUAGGGGACACUUUAUUUCCUAGGGCCUUGUUGGAUUUAGGGGCUUCAAUCAAUGUUAUUCCAUAUUCAUUAUACAAGUCCCUAAAACUUGGCCCUAUGCAUGAAACCGGGGUGGUAAUGCAAUUGGCAGAUAGGUCUUGCACAUACCCAAAGGGUGUAGUAGAGGACGUGCUAGUACAAGUUGAAAAUUUGGUCUUCCCUGUUGAUUUCUAUAUUCUUGAAAUGGAAGCCGAUAACCAAACUACACCCAUCCUUUUGGGGAGACCUUUCUUAAAAACCGCCCAAACAAAAAUAGACGUGUCUAAUGGUUCAUUAACAUUGGAGUUUGAUGACCAAAAGGUAGAAUUCAACAUCUUUGAUUCUACGAAAAAACAAUUUAAAGACCAAUCUCUUUGUUCCCUAAAUGUUUUUGAACCACAAACACCAAACGUUUUUGUUGGAAAACAAGCCAAGGAGACCUCACUUUUUAAGGAAAGAAUUAAACAAGAAAAAUCUAUUUUGAAAGAAGAGGCACCUAAAUACGAAAGUAAAUCACUUGUGUUUGAGGUGAUAACAAAGAAGAAAUCUCGGCCUUACUGGAAAAGGCUGAAGAAAAAGAAUGAAACAGGGGAUAUUCACGAUCCCACAUAAAAACAAUAAAAAAAUAAUAAUAAUGUCGUGCCGCGACGUUAACUAAAGCGCUUCUUGGGAGGCAACCCAUGCUUAGGUACGCAUCUUUCAUCUUUUUUUUUUUUUUUUUUUUUAAAUUUUUGUUUUUGAAUAUCAACUUUGAGAGAAUGAGGAAAAUUCUCAAAAGAAAAAUGAGGGAAAACCAUGUUUUGAAAGCCUGGGAAAACCUCCGAUCGGUCUUCAUCACUUAACCGAUCGGAUCCGCACUAAAAAUAGGUUAAAACUGGACAAAAACACGUCCCAGGGUAGGGUACCCGAUCGGGCACCAUUGCUAUACCCGAUCGGGUACGUAUGAAAAGGCAGGGCUUCGAGGAAACCCGAUCGAGAAGUAAGAAAAUUUUCAAGAGGGUACCCGAGCGGGUACCCAUAAGGCCCGAUCGGGUAUAUUACGGAAAUUUAAAAUUUUUUCCUUCGAAUUAAAUUCCCCGAUCGAGUACCCCCAAACUCGAUCGGAUGAGAACCCCUGGAGCAGGAAAAAAAAACAACGACGUAAUACCCGGUCGGGUAUUCGAGUCACCCGGUCGGGUGAAUUAAUCUGGAAAGCUAAAAAAUCCUUCGAAUUAAAUUACCCGAUCGGGUAUAUCAAACCACCCGAUCGGGUACUUGAGCUUUUUACCCCAAAUCAGACCCAAUUCAAGUCACUUCUUCCCCAAACCCCAAUGUCCGAUUUCUCUCUCCCAAACCCACCAUUUUUUGACCCUUUUCCUUCCAUAUCUCCAUCAUCACUCAACCAAAUUCCCUCAACCCACCACCAAACACUUCCCUCACUCUCCUCUCCACAUCAUACCCACCAAUUACACCAUCUCUCCCCCUCCCCAAAAAUCCGAAACCCUACCCCAAAAACACCAAGUCCGAAUUUCAAAGCGUCAAAAGGGCAUCAAUGGCACCGAAGAGGGAUAGGGCCGAAAGUUCAAAUGCAAGGGGACAAUUCAAGGCUACGAGGAUGUCUGUUUCAUCCCGAGUAUGACGGAGACGAGCACUAGGGACAGUGCUUCGAGCUAAGUGAGGGGGAGUCACUCAUUGGUACGUACUUAAGUUUGAUACCUUGUAACUAACAUCAUUUUCUUCAAAAAUAAAAAAUAAAAAAAAAUCAAAAAAAAAAAGGAAAAGAAAAGAAAUGCUAGUUAGGUUGAAAACCCAAAAAUGGGCAAUCUAAGCAAAAAUGGCUUUAAAAAAAAUGAGUGAGUGGAAAGGAUGGAAAAUAAAAAGAGAUGCUAGGAUGAAAACCUGAAAAGGCUCCUAGGCAAAAUGAGAGAUAUGAGAGAGAUAUUUGUUUUUAUAGGACAUCAUUUAAUCUCUUGAACAUGAAAAGAGGAGAAGAAAAGAGAUGAGCAUAGAAGGCCAUAAAACCCAAGAAGAUAUUGUUCGUUGAGCUAAACAUUCAAUGUAAAACUCAUGUUUUAUCCUUGGUGGUCUUUUGCUUUUUCUUGUUGAUUGUUGAACUCUUGAGGACUUGGAACUGUUAAACAUUUGACUUUACUCGAGGACGAGUAAAGAAGCUAAGUGUGGGGGAGUUGACAUUCAUGUAAUUUCCAUGUGUAAAUUUGUGUUUUUAAUUAGUUUAGAGUGAAUGUUACUUCGGAAAUUACACACUUUUGGUGUAAUAGUUUAGUUUGUAAAAUAUUUGUAAUAUGUUUAGAUUAGGUUUAUUCUGAGCUCAAACAGGUCCAAGAACACUUUGGGGACCAUUGGUGAACACCACAAGUGGAAGGAAAGUGCAAAAAUGCAAGACAAAAAGUGGAGAUUUCGUUUUUGGUCUGUACCCGGUCGGGUAUGACCUAUACCCGAUCGGGUACCCUUCUAAAAAAUCAAAUCGGAUCAACCCGGGAACCGAGCAACAUGCGGGAAAGAUUUUGGCCAUGUUCGAUUGUCAUACCCGAUCGGGUGACCGACAAACCCGAUCGGGUAUGACCCUAUUUUUCAGUUUCUGGGCAAUUUCCUAAGAUACCCGAUCGGGUAUCCUAUAUACCCGAUCGGGUACACAGCCCUGCAGCUCCCAAAAGCCUAUAAAUACACCCCAUUUCCUUCCCAUAAAAGCACCAAUUCACAUAUACUUCUUAGCUCAGUUUAGACAAGUUCUUUCUUUAUAUUUUUCAUCAUGUUUAGUCUCCAAAUGAGGAGCUAAACUCUUCCAUCUUGGUUUUGCUACUUUGAAGCUUAAUGAAUUUGUAAGUUGUGAGUUAUUAUCUUUAAUCUUCUUCCUUGAAUAUUAAUUCUUUCUUUAAAUACUAUUUCUAUAUCAAUGUUGGGGAGUGUUACUAAGAUGACAAUUAGUUAACAUCUUGACAUUAGUUAUAGUAAUAGUUAUUUCUUCCUCUACGUUAAUAUCGGGGAGUGUUACUAAGAUGACAAUUAGUUAACAUCUUGAUAUUAACUAUAGUAGGAUUCAUCUUCUUUAAUAUUCUUCCUUGAGUAUUAAUUAAUUCCUAUUCAUAUUUCAUAUUAAUAUUUUGAACAUUACUUAAAGGAUCAACUAGUUUUGUUUCAUAUAUUAAUUAUUACUAGAAUCGGUCGAUUAAUACGCUUGUUAUUAAUUCGGUCCUUUCGCGGUAGUAAACUUGGGUUAUUAAUGCAUGCGUUUCAUGGUUAAUAAACCAAGGGGAAUUAAUUAUAUUGAUUAAACCAAUAAACCGCUUGUGUUGAGGUUAUCAAUCUCAACCGUUUUCAUCUUGAUUUUAUUGCUACUAUCGAGUGAAUAUACGGCGCGUGUUCUAUAUUAACUCGGUAGUAAGUUUUAUUAAUGAACGCGUCUCGUUAUUAAUAACUACCCUCGAUGAAUUGGAUAUACUCCUCGAUUGAGUAUUCGAGAGGAAGAUAGUUAAAGAUAUAACCGGGAUCGACGAACAUUUCAUUAAGUGGAUAAAAGCAAAGCCAAGUCUUCUUCUCAUUAAUUAAACCACAUAACUCGUUCAUCUUCAUAUUUAAAUAUAAUUUAAAGUUCAUCAACCAAAUAUAAACCCCCCUUAUUGUUACUUAUUUAUUUCUGUAAGAAGAAAAGUAUUCCUUUCCUUGUGGAUACGAACCUUACUACACUAUACUACGUAUUAGUGUCGUAUUGUAUUUAUUUUGAGUGCACCUCACGACAAGUGCACGUCACCGCUCCUCGCGGAUGAGAGCCGUUGCUUGAUUCUCUCUGUCGGCCCCUCAGCGCCGACACCAUUAUAUCACGACCGGCCUCUCGGCACGGUGUGAUUAUCUUAUUUGAAGACCGGCCUCGUCCCCGCACUGCACGGAUGAGGACCGUUGCUUGUGUUCUCAUAUCGGCCUCUCAUUGCCGACACCGUUAUAUCACGACCGGCCUCCCGGCUCGGCGUUCUUUCCAUAUUUGAAGACCGGACUCAUCCCCGCUCCACGCGGAUGAGGGCCGUUGCUUGAUUCUUUCAGGUCGGCCCCUCAUUGCCGACACUGUCACAUCAUGUUCAGCCUCUCAUCGCCGACAUCAUCAUAUCACGACCGGCCUCCCGGCUCGGCGUUCUUUCCAUAUUUGAAGACCGGACUCAUCCCCGCUCCACGCGGAUGAGGGCCGUUGCUUGAUUCUUUCAGGUCGGCCCCUCAUUGCCGACACUGUCACAUCAUGUUCGGCCUCUCAUCGCCGACAUCAUCAUACCACGACCGGCCUCCCGACACGGCGUGUUUAUCUUUUGAAGACCGGCCUUGUCCCCGCCCCUCGCGGACGAGGACCAUUGCUUGAUUCUUUCAGGUCGGCCUCUUGCUGCCGACACUAUCAUGUUAUGUUCGGCCUCUCGGCACGACAUAUUUAUCUUUUGAAGACCGGUUUCAUCCCCGCGCUGCGUGGAUGAGAGCCGUUGCUUGGAUAUAUCGGCUUGAUCGGACACUAUUGUCAUCUCCUUAUCAGGACCGACUGCUCAGCGACAUUAUGAUCAUUGUUUAUCGGCUCCCAAUGCCGACUUUCUUGAGUUAGCGAUCGGGCUCACGACUCCCCUCCAGGAGGGUGACCAUCGCCUCGCAUGACGACCAGCUAUUCCAUCGCCUCGUCAUUUUAUUCGUUUUUGUAUCCCACCACCAUUAUGUGUGACAUCACUUGUGGUCAUUCUUAGAACCGAUGAACGUAUUUUCCUCCCUCAAAAAAAAAAAAAAAGAAAAAAAAAAAAGAAAAAAAAAGAAAAAAAAAAAAGAAAAAAAAAAGAUGGGGAGAAGGGGAGACGAGAUCCUAUGAGAGAGGGAGUCUUGACGAGGUAUGCCUGAUCUUCCUUCGCCGCGUAUGACGAACGUCUCCCGACGCGGAGGCUAGUAGGAACGUGGGGGGGGGGGGGGCUAGACGUACCAAAGGGAACCUCGGCAAGAUAAACCAGUUCCUCCCAUGACCCGUGGUUCGACGAACACCUUCUGCCAGAGCAGAAGGCUAGUAGGGCCACGAGCAUGGGGCGACGAAGCAGGGAAUCCCGACGUGGAUAAACCGGUUCCUCCUUGCGAUCGUUGGAUGACCGAACGUCUUCUUCGAAGUAAGAAGAUUAGUAGGACCACGACAGGGACGAACGAAGAAUAGGGAAUCCCGACGUGGAUAAACCUGUUCCUCCUUGCGAUCGUUGGAUGACCGAACGUCUUCUUCGAAGUAAGAAGGUUAGUAGGACCACGACAGGGACGAACGAAGAAUAGGGAAUCCCGACGUGGAUAAACCUGUUCCUCCUUGCGAUCGUUGGAUGACCGAACGUCUUCUUCGAAGUAAGAAGAUUAGUAGGACCACGACAGGGACGAAUGAAGAAUAGGGAAUCCCGACGUGGAUAAACCUGUUUCUUCUCAUAGUUGGGAUGACGAACGUCUCCUGCGAAACCAGGAGACCAGUACUCACGAGACUUGGGAAGAACGAAGAACCAGUUCUUUACCGGAGUCUGUUGCGUGCCGAGUGUACACCGCUUAGCGGUCCGUACAUAGGACCACGGAUACGGUAGACGAACGAAGACCAGCCCCAUGGGUCAGACACGCAGGACCAGUUCUCCACCGGAGUCUGUUGCGUACCGAGUGUACACCGCUUAGCGGUCCGUACAUAGGACCACGGAUACGGUAGACGAACGACGAUUAGCUCCCCAGAUCAGGUAGGAGGGACAUCGCCCGGAUUUAUUUCAGGCUCACCAUUCCUUCCCGGAUGGAGUCCUGGCAGACGAUCGGCUUCUCACAUCACCAGCACGGCCGAGGGCCGCGAGAGGCCGAGGGCCAUGAGAUGAUCAUCACUAUUUUUAUGCAUCACGAUCGGCCCCUCAGCGCCAUCGUGUCCUGAUUCACGGUUCGGAUCGCCCAUUUCCCUCCAGGAUGGCGACGACCGUCUUAUGCAGUACGAUCGGCCCCUCAGCGCCAUCGUACCCAGCUCACGUUCGGCUCGUCCAUCCCUUCCAGGGUGGCGACGAACGUCUUAUGCAUCACGAUCGGCCCCUCAGCGCCAUCGUGUCCAGAUUCACGGUUCGGAUCGCCCAUUUCCCUCCAGGAUGGCGACGACCGUCUUAUGCAGUACGAUCGGCCCCUCAGCGCCAUCGUACCCAGCUCACGUUCGGCUCGUCCAUCCCUUCCAGGGUGGCGACGAACGUCUUAUGCAUCACGAUCGGCCCCUCAGCGCCAUCGUGUCCUGAUUCACGGUUCGGAUCGCCCAUUUCCCUCCAGGAUGGCGACGACCGUCUUAUGCAGUACGAUCGGCCCCUCAGCGCCAUCGUACCCAGCUCACGUUCGGAUCGUCCAUCCCUUCCAGGAUGGCGACGAACGUCUUAUGCAUCACGAUCGGCCCCUCAGCGCCAUCGUGUCCAGAUUCACGGUUCGGAUCGCCCAUUUCCCUCCAGGAUGGCGACGACCGUCUUAUGCAGUACGAUCGGCCCCUCAGCGCCAUCGUACCCAGCUCACGUUCGGCUCGUCCAUCCCUUCCAGGGUGGCGACGAACGUCUUAUGCAUCACGAUCGGCCCCUCAGCGCCAUCGUGUCCUGAUUCACGGUUCGGAUCGCCCAUUUCCCUCCAGGAUGGCGACGACCGUCUUAUGCAGUACGAUCGACCCCUCAGCGCCAUCGUACCCAGCUCACGUUCGGAUCGUCCAUCCCUUCCAGGGUGGCGACGAACGUCUUAUGCAUCACGAUCGGCCCCUCAGCGCCAUCGUGUCCUGAUUCACGGUUCGGAUCGCCCAUUCCCUCCAGGAUGGCGACGACCGUCUUAUGCAGUACGAUCGGCCCCUCAGCGCCAUCAUACCCAGCUCAUGUUCGGCUCGUCCAUCCCUUCCAGGGUGGCGACGAACGUCUUAUGCAUCACGAUCGGCCCCUCAGCGCCAUCGUGUCCUGAUUCACGGUUCGGAUCGCCCAUUCCCUCCAGGAUGGCGACGACCGUCUUAUGCAUCACGAUCGGCCCCUCAGCGCCAUCGUGUCCUGAUUCACGGUUCGGAUCGCCCAUUCCCUCCAGGAUGGCGACGACCGUCUUAUGCAGUACGAUCGGCCCCUCAGCGCCAUCAUACCCAGCUCACGUUCAGCUCGUCCAUCCCUUCCAGAGUGGCGACGAACGUCUUAUGCAUCACGAUCGGCCCCUCAGCGCCAUCGUGUCCUAAUUCACGGUUCGGAUCGCCCAUUCCCUCCAGGAUGGCGACGACCGUCUUAUGCAUCACGAUCAGCCCCUCAGCGCCAUCGUGUCCUGAUUCACGUUCAGCUCGUCCAUCCCUUCCAGGGUGGCGACGAACGUCUUAUGCAUCACGAUCGGCCCCUCAGCGCCAUCGUGUCCUGAUUCACGGUUCGGAUCGCCCAUUCCCUCCAGGAUGGCGACGACCGUCUUAUGCAGUACGAUCGGCCCCUCAGCGCCAUCGUACCCAGCUCACGUUCGGAUCGCCCAUUCCUUCCAGGGUGGCGACGAACGUCUUAUGCAGCACGAUCAGCGCCUCUGUGCCAUCGUGUCUGGCUCAUGUUCGGCUCGCCCAUCCCUUCCAGGAUGGCGACGAACAUCUCUUAUGCAGCACGAUCAGCGCCUCUGUGCCAUCGUGUCUGUCUCACGUUCGGCUCGCCCAUCCCUUCCAGGGUGGCGACGAACGUCUUAUGCAUCACGAUCGGCCCCUCAGCGCCAUCGUGUCCUGAUUCACGGUUCGGAUCGCCCAUUCCCUCCAGGAUGGCGACGACCGUCUUAUGCAGUACGAUCGGCCCCUCAGCGCCAUCGUACCCAGCUCACGUUCGGAUCGCCCAUUCCUUCCAGGGUGGCGACGAACGUCUUAUGCAGCACGAUCAGCGCCUCUGUGCCAUCGUGUCUGGCUCAUGUUCGGCUCGCCCAUCCCUUCCAGGAUGGCGACGAACAUCUCUUAUGCAGCACGAUCGGCGCCUCUGUGCCAUCGUGUCUGUCUCAUGUUCGGCUCGCCCAUCCCGUCCAGGAUGGCGACGAACAUCUCUUAUGCAGCACGUCUGCCUCUCGGCGCUGACAUGCCCAGGUAAUCGAUGAGAGCCACCGCUUUCCAUCACAUUUCACAUUCCUUCUCCCAUACAUUGCACCCAUACAUUACAUGCAUUCAUGCAUUCAUGCAUCAUACCUCAUACAUUCAUACAUACACAUGAGCAUCGUGUUUUGACAGUACCGCGACGUCGGUUUAUAGAUGCAUGGACCUCUAAGCUUCUCCGAUUGGAAAGCUCGAGUCAGAGUCCUUACUCCCGCCUGACGCAUUCAGGGGGAGUGUUCCCGUGGAGGAGCACCCUUCGCCCGACCCUGUUGAGAAGGGGGGUGCCUCACCGGCAGAUUACGUUCAGGAGUGCAGACACUCACUCAUAUAUUAUGAUUAUGUGAAGACACAGUUUCCAGCAAGACAGAGGAAGAGCGCAGGCAGAGUAUAUUUUCUCGAGCAGAUUCGCGAGCUCACUACUCAAGAAACUGGGGGACUUGUGUUGGGAUAUAUUAUCCCGGCCUAUUACUGUUCAGGAGUCCAAGGCUUUACGUAGUACGGAGCCCGAGCAGCUAGGCCCAUUUCGGCCCAUCCGGCCCACUUUAGCCAUUUGGGCCCACUCCGGCCCAUGCGGCCCAUUAGGGUGGAGAGCAUCCCCUUCCCCUAUUCUCUAUAAAUAUGGGAGUUUCCCUCCAUAUUAGGGACCCCUUUUUAGCUCUUCUUCCUCCUUUCUUUUAGACUUAGCUCAAAUACCCCAUGAAUGGGAGCUUGUACAAUGUAAUGGUGAGGAGAGUCCUAAUGAGAAUUGAGAGGGCUUGGACAUUAGCCUAAAAAGUCCCGUGGUUUUCUCCCUUUCGGGUUUCCACGUAAAAACUGAGUGUUCAUACAUAUAUUUACUAUAUCGUGUUGGAUUAAACUCAACACA